AUGCUAUUUGGUGUUGAUAUUCUUGCGAAUACUGUUGCUGUAAAGAUGGGGCUGAAUCUUAUUUUUGAGAGCUGGUGGGAAUCUAUAAAGGAAACAAAGGAUGUCAACGUUGCUAAGGGAACUGAACCGAAAGACAGAUUUCAGAAUAUUGGGGACAAAUUGGUUCAGGGCGUUGCUGUCAACAAAAAUGAAGAAGCCGGUGACGACACUCCCACUACUACCGUAUUAGCUAGAGUGAUCGCUAAUGUAGGAUUCGAGAAGAUUAGCAAGGUGAAUAACCCGAUCGAGUUUCGGAGAGGCGUUAUGACCGCAGUUGACGCUGCGGUCGCCGAGCCGAAACGUCUAUUAAAGCCCAUCCCGACUCCCAAAGAGGCAGUCCAUGUAGCAACUAUCUCUACGAACGGCGGUAUUGGCAUUGUGGAGUUCAUCUCUUCUGAAAUGAAGCGUGAGGGGCUGAUGGCACCAUAA